CGAGCAGGGAAGUUCUUUAACAAGCUGGCCCGGAGUGGCAGCAGCCAUGAGCGAGAAGUCGAUGCUGCACAGGGUUAUGUUUGUAGGGUGAUCAAUAUGCCCUUGAUUGAGCAAACAAGGGUCACGCGAAUCUCCAAGCGGUUGGAAGGCUCCAAGGAUAAAACCGAAUUCUGGAUGCCUGCAUUGCCAUGGCGGUGUAUUGAUUAUCUCAAUAUGAACGGAUGUGAGCAGGAGGGUCUGUAUCGAAUCCCAGGCAGCGGAAGGGAAGUCAAGCAAUGGCAGAUGCGAUUCGAUCAAGAAUAUGAUAUCGACCUCUUCUCUGAUCCGGAUCUCUACGACAUCAACACCAUCACGUCUCUCUUCAAGGCCUGGCUCCGUGAUCUUCCCGAUGAGGUCUUCCCAAAACCC